CUCUGACUUUGGAGAGCAAACGACGAAGUAGGAGGGUUUACGAACGUACGCGAGGCUUCAGGAGAUAAUUCGAUAAGUCGGCUGUCUGCGGACUUGCAUACCGCACUAGCGCUAUGACGAUGACGUAGUGCAAUAAUCUACACUGCAGAUGGAAGACAUGUUGAGCCAUUGGAUAUUCCAACACCAUCCCUUAUCUGCUUUCUCACAUCCGCCUCAGCCCUUCAUCGCCCACUACUACAGACACCUCAUCGCCAACAAUGUCAGACGCCAAACCUACUUCCUCCAUUGCCAUACUCGGCGCUGGCGAUGUUGGCGCAACGAUUGCGUAUAGUCUCAUCAUGAACCCCGUCGCCGGCGACAUUCUGCUCGUCGAUCCCAAAGAAGAAGUCAGAGAUGCACAGGUAGCAGACCUUUCAGACGCAACCUUCCAUGGAAACACCACCACGCGUGUAAGAUCGGGAACGCACAAGGAGGCAGGACAGUGCGACAUCAUCGUCAUUGCAGCCGGCGCCAAGCAAAAAAAGGGCGAGAGCAGAACCGAUCUCAUCGGGCGCAACAAAUCUAUUUUGGAAUCCGCAAUCUCCGACAUGAAGCCUUUCCGCGAGGACACCGUCUUGUUGCUCGUGGCCAAUCCCGUCGACGUGCUUACCUACUUUGCCCAGCAAUACUGCGGAUUGCCACGUAGCCAGGUCAUUGGAUCGGGCACAUUUCUCGAUUCCGCGCGGCUGAGGGGUAUUUUGGCUAAGAAGGCGGAGGUCGCGGCGAGUAGCAUCGAUGCUUAUGUGCUGGGUGAACAUGGAGAAUCGCAGUUUGUUGCGUGGAGUUUGGCGAGUAUCGGCGGUGUGCCUCUCUCGUCUGCUCUGUCCGAGUCUUCUGAUCGUGCAGCAGACAGGACGGCCAUUGCAGACGAGACGAAGAAUAAAGCCACGUCCAUCAUCGAGAACAAAGGUGCGACCAACUAUGGUAUCGGAGGCGUUGCGGCAUCGAUUUGUAAAUCUAUUCUCUUUGAUGAGAAGAUUGUGAGGCCGGUGAGCUACUACCAGGAUGAACUCGGUGUGUGUCUUAGUAUGCCGGCGGUUCUGGGUAGGGGUGGCAUUGUGAGGAGUGUGCCGAUGCCGCUUGAUGGUGAAGAGAAGAGGUUAUUGGAGAAGAGUGCCAAAACGCUCAAGGAGGUUAUUAAUGCCUGAGGAUGAGAUCGAAAAUAUGUGAAGACUGCUGCGUUCUUUCGAGAGGUAGAUAUGCAGCGGCAUCUAUCA